AUGCCGAGAAAGAAGUUAGAGCUUGCAUGGAUAGUGAAUGACUCUGCGAGAAAGGCUACCUUGAAGAGAAGAAAAGAAGGUUUCUCCAAGAAAGCUAAGGAGUUAUCCUCUUUGUGUGAUGCAGAAGUUGGCUUUGUUCUCACCAGCCAAGAUGAGGCCCAACGGACGGUUUGGCCUUCUGAGGAAACUGUCAAACCAAUGUUUGACAGAUUACUGAUGAUGAUGUCACCGACUAAACAAACACAAAAAAUGGAGAACCAUGAAAGCUACCUCUUUGAGGUUGCCAUUAAAGAAGUUGACGCAAUUAAUAGAGGUAGAAAGAAAAAUAACGCGGAAGAAGCUCAAGAGAUGUUGAAUCGGAUCUUUGAAGGUACAUCAAAUCUUGAUCCGUAUACAAUAGAGGGGUUGGAUAAUCUAGUUUUGUUGAUGGAUGAGAAGUUGAAGCUUGUGGGGCACAAGGAGGUGCAUGCGUCACCUCAACAAGCUCCGACACUGCCCCAACAGUUCCCGAUGCCGCCUUUCCCACAGUCCAUACAGCAAAUGUUGAUGGACAAUCAGUGGUUUAUGGAGACAUUUGGUCACCAGCUCGAAAGCAUUAAUGCUGGUCCAAGUGGUGGAGAUAACGAGUCUCAACAGCCGCCGCCGCCGCCGCCAUCUGAGAAUGUUGUUGGCACAAGUGGAAGUGGGGUUGGAAACAAGGAAGACAAUGAUUUGCCACCUGAUCAUCCAGUGUUUCCAGCUCCUCCUAAAUUUCCUUAA